AACAGAUAUACCAGGCAGAAUAUAGUGUACUAAUAAACAGUUCAGAAAUUAGGAUAAAGAUUAACAGCAGAUAUGAUAAGUAUACAGCAGACAAAACCUGGAGAUGCAGGGGAUGAACAGGUUAACUGAAUGUCAGAACACAAAACGGGUCAUGAAAAUUACUCUUCCCAUCCCAGGGAGAAUUAACAAAGAAACUGUUCAGACAUAAACAAUGUCUGAACUGAACCCAAAGCUAAAUACAGAUAAACGGACAUUACAACAUGCAGUACACACCACUAGAACACUUAGCACAUGCAGUACACACCACCAACACACUGGACAAAUGGUUUACACACCACUAACACACUUAACAAAUGCUUUACACACCACUAAGACUAUUAACACAUGCUUUACACACCACUAACACACUGAACAUCUGCUUUACACAUCACUAAGACACUGAACAUUGGCAUUACACACCACUAAAUCACUAAAUGCUUUACACACCACUAAGAAUGUUAACACAUGCUUUACACACCACUAACAUGUUGAACACAUGCUUUACAUGUCACUAAUAGUGUUGAGCGCGAAUAUUCGAAAUUUGAAUUAUUAGCACUUGGCAAUUUUGUGAAUAUAGUGAUAUAUAUUAGUAAUGACAAAUAUAUUUUUCAUGCAAAUAUUUAUGCAAAUAUUUAUGCGACUGGACACUGAUUCCCCCCCCCCCCCCCUUCUUAUUUUAGCUGAGAUAUAACUGUGCUUGCGCACUAUGCGAAUUUCAUUAUGAAUUUUCGCAUGAGAGAAAAAAGAGAACGAACAUAGCGAAUAUGUGAAUUUUGCGAACAUAGGUCUAAUAAUUCGUCCUUAUAUUCGCGAAAUAUUGUUAUUUCGAAUAUGGCCCCUGCCUCUCAUCACUAAUUACUAACACACUUAACACAUGCUUUACACACCACUAACACACUGAACACAUGCUUUACACACCACUAACACAAUGAACACAGGAUUUACACACCACUAACACACUGAACACAGGAUUUACACACCACUAACACACUGAACACAGGCUUUACACACCACUAACACACUGAACACAGGAUUUACACACCACUAACACACUUAACACAUGCUUUACACACCACUAACACACUGAACACAUGCUUUACACACCACUAACACACUUAACACAUGCUUUACACACCACCAAAACACUUAACACAGGCUUUAUACACCACCAAAACACUUAACACAGGCUUUACACACCACCAACACACUUAACACAGGCUUUACACACCACUAACACACUGAACACAGGCUUUACACACCACUAACACACUGAACACAGGAUUUACACACCACUAACACACUGAACACAGGCUUUACACACCACUAACACACUUAACACAUGCUUUACACACCACUAACACACUGAACACAGGCUUUACACACCACUAACACACUGAACACAUGCUUUACACACCACUAACACACUGAACACAUGCUUUACACACCACUAACACACUUAACACAUGCUUUACACACCACUAACACACUUAACACAGGCUUUACACACCACUAACACACUGAACACAGGCUUUACACACCACCAACACACUUAACACAGGCUUUACACACCACCAACACACUUAACACAGGCUUUACAUACCACAAACACAUUGGACGUAAGCUUAUAGUAAGUCCAUGGUGUUCUAUGCUUAUAGGCACGCUCAGUAGGCACGUGCUCACAUCCUACUUCCCCACCUCCUGUCUUAUAUCUUAUUGGUAUUUCUGACUAUUUGUUACAUUCCACAAAACCAUGGUGCAUUGAGCUGACUAAAAGUGAAACAAGAGCUUCUGCUUAAUAUGUCCAUAAGCAUUGACUUGAAUAUGGAGGACCUUGAAAACAUGACAUUUCCUUACGAGCCCUAUUCAGACAGUGAAGACUAUAGUGCAUGUUUCUACAAGGAGAACAGGAUUUUUGACCAAAUUUUUUUGCCAACCUUCUAUAGCAUUUUGUUUGCAGCCGGAAUACUGGGCAAUGGGCUGGUCAUAUUGGUGAUGUUGACCAAUAAGCAGAAGAUGCAGAGCACGGAUGUGUUCAUUGUUCACCUGGCCCUGGCGGAUAUGCUGCUGGUUUCCACUUUACCAUUUUGGGCAGCACAAGUAACCAUGGGCUGGAUAUUCGGAGAUGCUCUAUGUAAGUUAAUUGCAUCGCUUUUCAAGAUCAACUUCUAUGCGGGCACUUUCCUCCUUGCCUGUAUCAGCAUUGACCGCUAUCUCUCUAUUGUAUACGCCGUCCAGAUCUACAAGAAACACAAUAAGAAUCGCGUUCACUGGAGUUGUUUUGUCGUAUGGACUUUGUGUAUUAUAAUGUGUAUUCCUGAUGCUAUGUAUUAUACAGCCUCAUUUGAUUCUCAUGUCAACAUGUCUACGUGUGAGCCAUUCUACCCCGAGAACCAGUCUAAGUCCUGGAAAAUGACAACGACUUUAUCGUUCCAAAUUUUUGUCUUCUUGCUGCCGCUUUUCGGCAUGCUAUUUUGCUACUCACAUAUUAUAAUAACUCUGCUAAGAUCUCAGGGGUUUAAGAAGCAGAGAGCGAUGAGGCUUAUCAUAGCAGUUGUGGUGACUUUCUUCUUGUGUUGGACUCCAUACAAUAUUGUGGCUUUCUUAGAUAUGUUAACCUUGGUGGAAAUAAAUAAUGACUGCAAUUUCACAAGCAACAUUGACUUUGCGCUAACCGUCACCUCCUGCAUAUGUUACUUGCAUUGCUGCCUGAACCCAAUCCUCUAUGCUUUUUUUGGAGCAAAAUUUAAGAGUAACUUGUACGAGCUCAUGAGUAAAUCAAGACUAUGUCCUCGCUUUAUUGCCACGCACGUCAAGAGAAGGCAAACGUCAUCGAAAUCUUUCAACUGGUCUUCAUCUGGAGAUACAACCAUGUCUGGGAUUUACUAAGGAUUGGAUUUAUGGUUCACUCCAAAGUCUUUUUGAGAAUAUCAAAAGACAAAAGAAAAACAGCAAAAAAGACUAUAUAGAACCAAAAAAGGUCAACUAGCCAUCUGUCUGUACUGGGCUCAACGUCAAUACAACUUCAACACUCAGACUUUCUUGGCGACUAAUAUCGACAUCUAAGAACAUUAGGUUACAGUGUUUUGUGCAUGCAACCACUUCAGUAUGUCUUGGGCAGAAAAGAAAGCACUCAUGAUGCUUAGGUGAAUGGAUAGUUAUAUCAGAAGUAACAUAGAUUAUCAGUGGCACAAAGAGAAGAUAGGGGAACCAUAGCAAAAAUUAAGAUACAAAAAUUAAGAUAUUAAUAUACGGUGCCUGUUUUGCAAUCCAGUACUGAAAAACAUUGAGUUUGUUUCCCCUUUAACCCCCUUUCCAUGACCCUUGAUGGAAUGGCCCACAAUUUUGUGUGGGGGAGUCCUGUACAAGUCCAUGCCACAAAGUAGCACAGGGUAUGGGGCCAACCAGCGCUGGACAUCAUCUGCCCAAUGGUCCUAUAGCAACCAUGUGGUUUGUAUACAAUGUAGUAUUACAGACACCCAAAGGCCAUCCAGGUCAAUUUUGAAUAUAUGGUAUUGAUAUAUUUGUUAAUUGACAGAUCUUCUAAGGUACUGAUUCUUUUUGAGGAGAUCCAGACAGAAGUUUUAAGGGCUAUUCCCCCAGGGAAAAAAUAUAUAAAACGACUCUCCUCCAGAAGGGAAACUGUCUCUAUAGUGCCAUAUGCAGGUGGCUAUUCUGUCAAUAGAUGCCUGAUCCUUCAUAGAAUCUUAAUCACAUUACUCAUAGCCUACGUCAUGUUUUAAAGGGGCUCACCAGUGGAAAAUAUUUUUUUUUUCCAAAUCAACUGGUGCCAAAAAGUUGUACAGAUUUGUAAACAAC